CUUGAAGUGAGCUGGGUCAGACGUUGAGGAGAAUGCAGGAGUUCUGGUGAUCGCUUGUUAUGUUGUUCCUCUGUCGUGAGCUGGUCACGACUACAGCAUCUCAGAAGCCUCCAGGCAAACCCUGCUCCAAAUUCACUUGGAGGAGGACCGCACUUGAACAUGGUUGGAUUAAAACCCUUGGACAAACCUCCAACAAACAGUAUAAAAAUAAUUGGAGCUGGAACAGCAGCAUGUAUUGCCGAUCUUGUCACAUUCCCUCUCGAUACGACCAAAGUGAGAUUGCAGAUUCAAGGAGAAUCCAGAUCUGUGCAGAGUGUGACUUCUGUGAAGUAUAGGGGGGUCUUUGGUACCAUAGCUACAAUUGUGAGGACUGAAGGAGUGAGAAGUCUCUACAAUGGCUUAGUGGCUGGUCUUCAUCGUCAGAUGAGUUUCUCUUCUGUUCGCAUUGGGCUUUAUGAUUCUGUUAAACUCUUCUACUCCAAUGGAUCUGACACUAUCUCCAUCGGAUGUCGCUUGCUUGCUGGAUGUACAACUGGCGCGAUGGCAGUCACCUUGGCACAGCCUACCGAUGUGGUGAAAGUCAGGUUUCAAGCACAAGCAAACCUCACUGGUAUGACUAAGCGCUACAGUGGGACAUUGAAUGCCUACAGAACAAUUGCCAAAGAAGAAGGAUUCAAAGGAUUAUGGAAAGGUGCUUUGCCAAAUAUUGCUCGUAAUUCCAUUGUGAAUUGUGCAGAACUGGUCACUUAUGACUUGUUCAAGGAUGCAAUCUUAAGAUAUAAUCUCAUGACCGAUAACCUUCCUUGCCACUUCUGUGCUGGUUUUGCUGCUGGGUUCUGCACGACCAUUGUUGCUUCACCCGUUGAUGUUGUGAAGACGCGAUACAUGAACUCUACCCCUGGCCAGUACAGUAGUGCUAUUAAUUGUUCCUUCGCCAUGCUGCGAAAGGAGGGCUUGACAGCUUUUUAUAAAGGGUUCAUGCCCUCCUUCCUGAGGCUGGGCUCAUGGAAUGUGGUGAUGUUUGUCUCCUAUGAACAGCUGAAACGUGCAAUGAUGUUGGCCAAGCAGUCCUGGGAAUCUCUUUGAUAUGCUCUAUAUAUGGAGACAGCAGGAGUGGCCUAAUUUGAUGGACACGGUCAUUCAGAGUUGAUGGAUAGCUGAGACCCCAUGAGUGGGGAUAAAAGACAGGUCUGGAGAGACACCCUUCAGACACACCAGUGAACACUGACUGAGUGUUGGGAACCCACAGAAAGGUGGGGGCUUCGGAGACCGAACCAGGAGAUCAGUCAGUAAAGCUCACAGUGUUACAGCAGGGCCGGUGGGGACUUGUGUGUGUGUCCACUCAUGCCAGAGAGAUGAGUCCACCACAGAAAAACGGUCUAGCUGAAGACCAGAGGGGUCAUAACUGAAUGACCACAACGAUACUACAGAUUAAGAAAGCCACAAAAAGGUUUGCCUGUCGCAACUGUUGCUGUUACAUCUUGCUCACUCCCUCUCUCUCCAACGAUUCCAAUACAACCAUAACCACCUCAGCAUUUAUGAACUGAACUCUAUACUUUCCUAUGACAAUUCAUUUACCCCUAGACAUCAAUAGAGCUUGUUUAUUAAUUAUUAUUAUUAUUCCU